AUGGAUGCAGAGCCGUGCAUGGCCAUCGAGGAGGCCUUACUGAAGCCGUAUCCGAAUGUCGAGCCCAUUUGGGGGCAGCAGAUGCAUUGGGGGACUUGCUUGCACAGCUUAGUGAAGGAGUGCAGAUCUACAUGGGGGAUUCAUUGGCCCAGGGAAUGCAUUCUGCUGUGUGGCACGGCUGCUGAGCUGCAGGAGCCCUUUCGUUUGCAGCCUCUUGCCCGGCAUGUCUUAUGUGUUCUUAGCACGGACAAUCACUGGGCCGUGGCAGCCGGCCGACGUGCUGAAAGGGAGCUCCUAGUCUUUGACGGGCUUCAGCUGCCCGGCAUCUUGGACCUUGCUGAGGCUGUCGCAGAGCAUGCACGUGAGCGUUGGGGCCAGGAGAUGAUUGUGGUGCCUAUGAAGGUGCCUCGACAGGAGGACUCGUGGAGUUGCGGACAUCGCGUGCUGGCUGCUAGCCAGUGGGUGCUUAAAGAACGAUGCAGCUCGUGGCCUCUGCAGCCCGAGGAGGGUUGCCUGGCUUUGUUGGAUUCUCAGGCAGGCGUCAAGAAGGAGGCAAAGGAGGAGGAGGAGGAGAGCAGGGACGAUGACCAGGCUUUGGUGGCCAAGUCCGGCCAGAAACGGCCACAGGUGCUGGAUGACGACGACGAGGAUGAGGAUGCUGACCCAGCACAACCAGCACGCAAGCGGAGGCGAAAGCUGACCGCCAAGCAGCAACAGCAGCAGAUCAUCGACCAGGGCAAGAAAAGGGCUGCCAAAGGGGGUGUGACCUUCAACAAGAACUUUCAGUCAGUGCACAGCAGCAACAAGGAUGCUUGUCCUGAAGGGCAUUGGGUGAAGUUCUUGACUGCACUUGGCAAGCAGAGCAGCUUGAGUUGCAAGUCGUGCCGACAGCUACGUGACUUGAUCCAGGCUCCUGCUGGCCAAGAAGUCGUACCUGUGCAGGCCGAGCAGGCAGUCGUGGCUGCUCGGCCUUAUUCAGGAUCUGGCCGGCCACCGGGUGGCUCCAAGGCUACAGCCUUGGACUCGUGGUUGGCUCGGGAGAGGCCAGGCAUCUACACCCAUGUGACAGGAAGUGUCUGGUGGUGCCGAGCCUGCAAGAUCGAGUGCAACUUCCAGCGAUCUAGUCAGUCCGGCGCGAAGUAUGUGAGGGGCCACGAAGGUCCGACACAUCGGAAAAUGCUACGAAAUAUGCAAACUCAGGACGCCAAGCCCGAGCAGUGUCGUGGGGUUCGUGUCGGCAAGAAAGACAGUCUGUCCCUGGACAGGUUCCAGGAGUCCAUUGAAACCUGGGUCAGAGCUGGGAUGCUACGCACAGUGGACCCCAAGCAUCCGGAGAAGGAUCCUUUGGAGGCAUGCAUGUUCUAUUGGGAGCAGGAGGUUUUGGUCAUGAAGGCCAGGGCAUGCAAGGGUCACGGCCCCAUAUGUCCGGAGUGCCGCAACCUGGCAGACAGGGCCAUGCUGCACCGAGCCAUCUGCAAAUGGGCCUGCAUCAUCGACCAGGCCCACUUGGGCCAGCAGGUGGUUUAUGGAGGCCGCGAGGAUGUGAUGCAGGCCAAGGAGAAGAUGUUCAACUCGGACUACUACACCUGGAACGACAUCCGCAGCGAGGUGGACAGGUAUCUGGCGAUAGAUGACCACUUGUCCCUGCUGAUGGCGAUCAAGCGGAGGAUGUGCUCCAUCCCUUACGGCCUCCGAACAAAGGCAUUGGCGGAAUGGUUGGAGGCGAACAUCCUCAACUUGCGGUACACUGAGGCGCCCGAGGCAGAGAUGCAGGCUCUGAAGCAGCUCUGCAAGCAGUUCCGUGGCAACAUCGUGGACGGUUCUGUGGAGAAGCGAGAUUUGGAGGUAGUAGCUGCCGGGGGUUUGGCUUCCAACCGAGUGCUGGGUUGCUUGGUACACUCCUUCUUCGACAUGCAGACUCGGUUGGAGAAAGGGCACACGGCCCGCCCCCUCAGCGGUCGGCAUCUGGACGACGACACCUUUGAGGAGAUCUACUUCAUGCUAGGUGUGUCGGCCCAAGCCAAGGACCUGCUGGCCAACUUCGGCGUCUCCUUGGGGCGCAAAGCGAAGCUGGACUUCCAGCACCCCAUGCUGCCGUGGCCCUUCCUGUCGAUGGAAUCCGAAGCAACCCUCGAUCACAAUGCAGAUGCCAUCGUCGAAAGGUUGCAGGUGCAUCAGCGGAGAAGCUUCUUCCUGUCGGUGGAUGAAACCUACUGGCAUCCAUCCUGGCAGGUGAUGUCUGGCUUGUGUGGCCCCGAAACUCGCACGGUCAUAGGGGGAUACUGGACCUCGGACCCCGAGGACUGUUAUGCCAAGCUUGAGAGUGCUAAGGGUUUGCAAGACUCCCGCAAAGCUCGCAUGUCCGUACACUAUACGAUCAGUCGAAGCGACACACUGCAGCAGAGCUAUGACGCUUGUAUGGUGCCGGUCAAGGCGAAGGACGGCCAGAAAAGCAGGAACCAGCUGGAAAUCUGUGGACAGCUGUUCGAGGCGUUUGCCCGGCGAAAUGCUGGGUGCUUGCCUAUCGGCAUUGCGUUUGAUGGAGGAUCGACGAACGUGGAGCUCAGCAAGCUCACCCUGGGGUUGUUGAGCGAGGAGGCUUUGGCUUCAUGCACGUUUUGGUGCAACUGCAGCUAUGAGCCAAUGCAACUGAAGCACCUUCCCUUCAAGAUCCUGCACUUCAAGGGCAAGCCCAUCUUUGGGUCCCAGGACUCGCUCCACUUCUUGAAGCGGUACACGCUUCACCAUUGCUCGGGGACACGCUCUGUGGAAUGGGGAGCAUUCACGGUCGACUUGAGCUGCAUGCUAUGUCGUGGAUUACCGUGGAAGGCUUUUGUAGGCUCCGAUGGCAUGUGUGACAACGAUGCACUCAUGCGUAUGAACGGAAGGUUCCUUCGCUCGUCCUGGGACUGUGCAGCCUGCCAUCUCUAUGCGCUGGUGGGUUCCCUGCUAUCCAGCCUGGGGCAAGGAUCGGAUGGGCUGCCAGCGAGGUCGAGGUUCUUCACUGCCUCCAGCUGCUACUACCUUUUGCUCUUGAACCUACAGGCUGCUCGGCUUGGGCAUGGGAGCUCUUGGAAGCAACGAUUCCUUCCAUUGACCACCAUCCGCAUCGGCAUCAAGAUCUGCGUGCAUGCCAUGCAACUCUGCAUGAAGCUUCCCGAGGACUGCCCGCUGCGGGCUUCCAGGUUCCAGGAGCGGGCAUCAGAGCUCUUUUUCUCGAGAGCCAAGAAGGACUACAGAGGCAGUCCUUCGUGCCGGGAUGGCAUUCUGGGAGUGCACAAGACGCACUUGAGCCAGCUCAAGGAGGACAUCGACCCGCCAAAGGUGGAGCAUGAUGUGGUGACUUUGGACCAGGCGCAACGUCUGCAUGCUGAAGCCUUCACCCUAACCUGCUUGUUUCAGUCCUGGAUCAGUGUGGGAAAGUCCAGGGCCCUGGUGGCAUCCAACUUCGAGCUUUGGUACAAAACCGAGGGCAAGAAGACCAUGAAUGACGAGGAGCUGGCGAUCGAUCUGGGAGUACACGAGGACCUGCCUCCGGAGGAGACCACCAUGGAUGAGUCCCAGGCGGAGGUGCUUGCAGCUUUGCAUGCUGUGGAGGACCACAAGUCCAUGAAGGAGAGCCUGCAAGCAUUGGCCGAAAACCCGGAGAAGCCCAAAGAUCCAGCGAAGGACAUGAUAGCAGCUGAGACCGAGCAGGAAUGCAACAGCUGGCGGAGAGUCCUGCACCAGUGGUCGGACUCGGAGGUCAUGGAGAUGACUGAGGACAGCUCUUACCAGGCAUGCCUGGACCGCAUCCACUUCAUGAUGCCACGGAUUCGGUGCUUCAUUCAAUCGAUCAGGCUGCGGGAAGGCCUGCUCAGCAAGGCACAGAUCCAAGGGCAAACCAAGGAGCUGUCUCCGUGGCACAGCUUGCAGCACGAGUUAGCGGUGGCCCGUGCAGCAUCCAUGGAAUGCGGGAGCCGGCAAAGCCGCUGCGCUGCAUGGCAGCAGGUGGCUGCCAAGGCGUUGCAGGGCACAGCUCAGCCGGGCGUUGCAGAGGGAGACGGCAUUGUCAAGUUGCAGCACCUGUGCCCGCGGAAGCAGGAUGAGAAGCCGCAAGUGGUGGUGUAUGUGAGCACUGAAAAGUCCGAGAAGAGGGUCAGCUUGGCCCUCGUGCUGACAGUGUUCAGGGGAGCCCUGCUGAAGGGCAAGGAAGGCAGUGACAAAGCUCCUCGAAAGCUGAAGGUCUGCAAGCCAGCUGUGUAUGCCCUGCCUGUCCAGAGCAUCAGUGCGUGCAGGGUACUCCACCUGACGGAGACUGGCCAUCUCAAGUACUUCGCUUGUGCUCUGAGCCCAACUGAGCUUCUGUGCCCAGCUGCACGAAUCCUGGGGCAUCUCCCUUGUGCCACCUGCGAGAUGUCCGAGACGAAGAUCCGUGUCAGCAUCAGCGAGGCUGCACACUUGCAGAUGCAAGCCCUUCAGGAGAAGCCCGAGCUCCUGGCGGCAAUGCCGAGCAGCGCCGAUGCAAUCGCAGAUGCCGGUGCAGACGAUGACACCGCUGAGUUCGAGAGCGAGGAGCAAACGUACAGCGCCUCGGAUUUCACAGCAUCGAUUGCAGGCUCGCAGAAGAUCGUGGCUUUCCUGACAUCGCUGCCUAAGCAGUGGAACGACAGGGGUGUGCCGAUCGUCGACGAGCAGAACAAGGUCAGCGUGCAGGGCACGGAUCAUCCAUGGAAGCACAUCUGUCUUCGUGCACCAGAAUUUCUGGACAAUGUGUACAGCGGCCCACCGAAGGGAUACGGCAGGUUCGUGGUUGCCCAGCUUAUGCAGAUCAUCCCUGCAGGGGACCUCCAGGCUGCGAAAAAACGCUUGAAGGAGAUGCUGGUUAAGCUAGUGGCCAACAGCUUGCCCGUGCCCGGGCCUCAGCCGGAAACCGCCACCACCAUAUCAAGCUUUGAGCUCUCGGGUCUGAGGCUGGUGGUACAGCGGCUCUUCGGGGCCGUGCCCAUCACGGCAGGGACCAUGGCUGCAGCCAAGCGUCUAAUCUUUGAGGCCCAUACCCUCGUAGUCCAAGAGUUAAAAACUCGAGUUCAGAGGGGGGACUCUGGAGCACCCUCGACGCUCGCCACAGCCGAGAGGGAAGAGCGCAUCACCGAGCAGCGUGCAAGGAUCACGGGCCUUUUGCAUCGCGGAGCCAUGCUGUCCUCGGAUUCCUUGACUUAUUUAGGGCCAGACAGGUUCCCGACCAGACAGUCUGAACUUCAGGGCGAGAAGCCAGGGAAGGAGCUUACCAUCGACGGGAACAGUGUGACGGUGAAGGACAAGGCUCUGAGGCGGCGAGCAUUAGCAUUUGAUCUAGUCAAGUGCGCCAGUUACGACACCAUGAAUCGGUAUCACUCGUCCUUGAUUCAUCGGCUGCAGGAGUUGCCACCUCCUACUUAUGUGAAGAUUUCAGUGGCACAGGUGCUCAGGGCAGACAGGGCAGCUUUUACCCGCAUCGCUGAGAGUCUGCCCUCAAUCAAACGCCAGCCCGAUGGGACUUUACCCUUGGACCGAGCCCUUGAGAACAUUCUUCAGGAUCCCAGCGUCAGUUUCCACCUGUUGCCUUUGAAAGGUGGAGAAAGCGACGAUAACAAGCGGAAGUGGACAGAUGAUGCCAAACAGACUGAUGAGGCGAACAAGUGGAAGAAGAAUGGCAAGGGCAAGGGCAAGGGAAAAGGCAAGGAUCAGCCGGGAGCCAAAGGGGCCAAGUUCAUCAAGAUGCCGAAGCAGCUAGUCGGCAAAGCCAGCGAAACCAACGAAGGCAAGAGGCUGUGUUGGGCAUACAACAUUGAUGGGCGCAUCCGUUGCCCAAGCACCGAAAGUGACAGCCAGUCGCCUCGACUGGUCUCGCCGGGGUCGGGGCGGUUGACUGCAUGCCUCAAGCAGCGACAGCUUGACAACAGUUGCGUCAAUUUGCAGGAGCUCCUGCAAUCCUGCGGAACGCAUCCCAUCCUGACGGAGUUCCGGGGUUCCAAAGUCCUUCGCUUCCUCACGGUGCCGGGGGAAAGUUCAGAGGAUGCUUCAGACGACUUGAGUGCAGGCCAGGCUGACGGCCAAGACGAUUCGCUGUCGGACAAGGCUGCUUUUCAAGAAAGGUGUCUCCGAAUCGGCAUGACGCCGGAGCUGUAUGGCAAGCUCAAAGAUAAGGGCUAUGACACCUUCGGGAAGAUCGCCUUUGCUGCUGCGAGCUCCCCGCAGGCCCUUACCGAUGAGGCCAUCGAUGUGUGGUUGGCCACGGUCGUAGAUCCAAGGCCUUCAGCGUUCCAGGUUUCGGUGAUCAGGCGGCUCCUAUUUGAAAGCCAGUCGCUCAACAUGCUGACUUGCGGACCCGUGUGGAAGGCUCGCUUGAAGGGAGUCGUCUUCACGGUGUCGAACCAGCCAUCCCAUGCGAGCAUCGAUCAGGUCACCGACAUGUUGGAAAACAACUCCUUGCGGUACCUGCCGAUGAACAGGUGGACCUCCCGGUCACAGGAGCUGAGCUUGGCAAAGAAGGACUCAUCGAUCCAAAUCGACGCGGAGGGAAACCUCAAGCUAGGCACUAAGGUCCCGGAUCCUGUUUGCGACACAAAUGGUGCUUAUGCGCUUCGGCAAGCCUUCUUUCGCCGCUCGCUGGCUCUGGACCUAGGGAACCUCUGCACCUUUGAGGUGAUGGAGGAGUGGGUCAACACCAUCUUCGAACUGACCCAGCGGCAGGUUCCCACCGGGUACACCAAGGUCUCCUUGUCCCAGAUUGUAGCAGCAGAUAAGGAACUCUUCAUCAGGGCAGCGAACAACCUUGAAGGAAAGCUCCAGAAACCAGUGGGAGCUACCAAGCCGUUGGAUGCAGAGCUGAAGCGUUUGUCUGUGUCGCAUGACAUCACGCAGUUCUUGUCACCCUUGCUCACCCCGCCUCCGCCGGCCCAUCCUACCAAGAGGCCCCAGGAUGGUGACGACGAUGCACCGCCCAAGAAGACUAAAGGCAAAGGUGACAAAGGCAACAAAGGUGGCCAUGGCUUCCAUGUCCGAAUCAGAACUCAGGGCCACUGCCUCUUUGAGGCCUCUAACUCCGAGGUUACCGAUAACUUCAUAGAGGGACCCUACACCGAGGCCCAGGUCACUGAAAUUUUCGGCCAUUCGGAUUGGGGCAUCAUUCCCAGGUUCGUUCUUGAGCAAGGCCUUGAGAAGAAGAUUCGACCCAUAGAUGAUGGGCAUGCUUCGCAGGUCAAUGAGGCUUUCACUUCCUUGAUUAAGCUGGAACUUCAAGGGGCCGACUUCGUUGCGGGUCUGGCCCUGCUGAUCUCCCAGGCCGAAAAGGAACGUUCAGAGCGCCUAGGUGUCGCUGCUAGGAAGUGGGUGGGUCGGACCCUAGACCUCUCAAAAGCUUAUAAACAACUAGGGGUACUCCCGCAACACCGUGACAUCGCCGUCAUCUGCCAUCCCAAUGAAAAUGGCGAACCGCAAUUCUUUAUUGCGAACGCACUGAUGUUCGGCUUGACAUCGUCGGUGUAUGGAUUUGUAAGAGUAGCUAGAAGCUUGCAUUUCCUGCUGGCCAAAGUGCUGAAGAUCCCUUCAGCCAACUACUUCGACGAUUACCCUCUCUUCACGUUGAGAGAUGGGGCCCACGAGCUUGAUGGUUUAACUUCCGAAUUCCUAGAAUUGCUGGGGUGGCGCUUCGCCCAGACCGGGGUAAAGGGUCAACCGUACGAGGAGGCCUUCACAGUCCUCGGAAUGCAGCUGGACAUCAGUCGUUUGCAUGAAGGUGCUGCCGUGCUGGCAAACAAGGAAGGCCGUGUCAAGCGCAUUUCCGAAAUGCUGGGCAGCAUUUUUGACAAGGGAGCCCUGGGCAGGCAUGAGGCGCAAGUUCUCCUUGGACUCUUGAACUAUGCCUCAGGUUUCUUUGCAGGCCGAUCCUUGAAGCCAGCGUGCCACUUCCUGCUCUCCUUGGUAAGGGGGAAGCGCCAAACGGCUGCCGAAAUAAAGCGCUUCUGCAAAACUACGCAGGCUGUCUUGAGCACCACUCCACCUAGAGUCCUUCGCAUCUUUGACCCUCGACCGCCCAUUCAUGUUUGGACGGAUGGAGCUUGGGAAGAUCCUUGGGCGGGAAUAGGUGCGGUUGUUCUUGACACGCUAGAUGAUAGUGCCAGGGUUUUUGCCGGUUGUGUACCUGCUAAGCUUUUGGAACGCUGGAAGCUGGAUGUGGGAUCGCAACUCAUAUGCGAGAUCGAGCUCUACGCUUUGGUUACUCUGCGUCGCAUGCUCCAAAACAGCUUGUGCAACAGAAGAGUCAUCUUUUGGCUUGACAACGAGGCCGCACGCACCUCAGCCAUCAAAGGUUUGAGCCAGAGCGAGUCGAUGUAUCGCCUCGCCCAUUAUCUUGCAGUGAUCGAAGCUGAGGCGCCUUGUAUCGCUUGGUACGAGAGAGUGCCUUCCUUUUCCAACAUAGCCGAUCCCCCUUCACGAGGUGAGGGGCACAGCAUCCUCAGCUUGGUAGGCGCCAAGGUCGUGGAAGCUUUCAUCCAUGAUGAAAGCUCAAACCAGAGAUUCCUUCAUCAGGGGCCAUACGAGAAAAUCAUUCCAAAGAAGCCGCUACACUUGGGCGUGCUAGCAGCCACAGAGAAGGAGUUAGCCAAAGGCUUCGUUGAGGGGCCGGUGAGUGCUAGCGACAUCCCUAGUGAUGGGACGGUCACACAUCGCUUUGGAGUGAUUCAAGGGGCCUGGGGGGGUGGGGGGGAUGGCAGGGGCUUCUUCGCGCAAUGGCAUUAUAUGACGGAGGAUAGGCUCUGGAAUCUUCUUGAAGAUACCGGCUGCACUUGCGUGAGGGAGCUGCGUUUGCAUUUUGAUACUCCUUGGCACCUGGCCUGCUCAGUGGACAGCUUAGAGGAUUCAGUGGUCCUGGCCGAGCAGAUCCUUCCGUCUGCUGUGUCCUCAGACCAUAAGAGAGCUGGCGCGCUUAUUUGGGGCUGGCUCCGGGAUCAAACUGACUUGUUGAAGCGGGUGCAAGGUAGGCUAAAGACGAAGGCUACGAGGAUUGUGGCGCCUCCUUGUGGUGAUGUUUCUCCUGGUGAGGUUUAUGCACAAUUGGUGAGCGGCAGCCUUGAGUUAACGAAGCAGACCAGUAGGGCUCAUGCGAGAUGGAUCUCGAGUGGGGCUGGUACGCCAGCUGAUGCUGAGAAGGCUGCUAGAAAGUUCUGGGGUACAGUCUUGGUGCAAAUUAUGGUGGAGGCUAAGCUUCCCAUCGUGGAUAUUCCGGUUGAAAGUGAGGAGCAAAGGGAACCGGGCACGAGCUUGGCGCAAGGCUCGGGACUGGAUGCUUUGAAGUCAGUUGCUUUCCCGCGGCGUCCGAGUGACGUUGUGGACUAUCUCCUCUUCUUGGAGCAGGAGGUGGGCACCAAGAGCUGUAUUUCGGAGUUUAUGAGUGCUCUAUCUGUUCUGGAGGAUGCAGGGCAGGUUCCUUUGGCCAGCCAGUUGUGCAAGGACAGAUUGGUGGUUGCUGCCUCGAAGAGCUCAGAGGCAGAAGUUCAUGUGGGGGUCACGAGCAAGAAGCAGGCGGCCCCCUUGUCGGUGGCAAUGCUGCUUUCUUUGGAGAUCUUUGUGGUGGCUGAGGUUCCCUUCUUUGUGGGUCGGGAUGUGGGGUUGUCUGGUCGUGAUUGGCUGCUCUCGGGUUUCGACUUGUGGAAGGGCCUUGGGCAGCUGGACAGGACUUUCUUGGUGUUCCAGUCAUCCGAAGAUUUUGAGGAGCCGAUUUUCAAGUUUGCGAAACCGGAGGUCAUCAGCAAUUACAUGCGUUUGAUCUGGCGACAGCUGAAAGAGGAGCUGUUUGAGGAGCUGCGCGAGUGGCUCCGCGAUCGGGGUUCUGUAUUGAAUCAGACUUGGCCUUUAUUGGCCGAUUUCACCGACGGGACGGACAACGCUGCCCCGGCCCCGCCGGUUUCGAACUCAUCUCAGACUGAUAAGGAAUCUCCUUUCUGGGUUAGCAUCAGCAGGCAUUCUGGUCAUCGUCGGCUGCACAUUAGGAAUGGCUGCUGGGUCACUCCGAGCAGUUGCCACCGCUUCGCCGAGGUUUGGGAAGCCGGACCGAAUGUUGCUGAUAGCUUCUGUAAGCUCUGUUAUAAGGAGAAAGUGGAUCCGUCCUCGAGUUCGGGGGAGUCUUCGUCGACCGAGCUCGGGGAGCCGACUGAGGAUAGUGGGGCCCCCGAUUUGAGUUUUCACACCUGA